AUGCAGAUGAAACUUACCGGGUCAUGUUCAGCGCGACCGCCAUUUGGGUCGUGCGCCAACUACCAGCGGCGUGGUCCGAUAUAUGAGGCUCUAGGGAAAAAGAACAAAUUGAGGCGAAAGAAACAGGUUAUCCCAACCAAGAUGAGACUGAAGCGCAAUGCAGUCAUGGGAGGGUCAUCACUGAUAAGUCUAAUUGAGCACAUGUCGUCGAACGCGGCUGUGGGUGGCACGAACGAGCAAAACCAGAUCAGAUAA